AACCGUUGAUCAUCAAGAAGAUAGCACUAAAUCAAAUCUUUUAAAAGAUCAUCAACUUUUUCUUUCGAUAUUCCAAAGAAAUCAGUAUGAUAAGCGCCAAGAAACUCAUCAAGAUGGCAAGGAAAUGGCAAAAGUUUGCAGCUAAGCAGAGGAAGAGAAUUUCUUUUCCAAGAUCCAAUUACAAUGAUGCAGAGAGUUGUAGCACAUCAUCUUCUAUAGUUGACAAGGGUCACUUUGUGGCGUAUACAACCAAUCAAAAGCGAUUUGUGGUUCCAUUGACUUAUCUUCAACACGACGUAAUCAGACAACUGUUGCACAUGUCUGAAGAAGAAUUUGGACUUCCAAGUGAUGGCCCUAUUACAUUACCAUGUGAUGCACUGUUCAUGAACUAUAUCAUAUCACUCGUCGAAAGAGGUGUAGCCACAGAUCUUCAGAAUGCUUUGCUAAUUUCUGUACCUUCCAAUCGAUGUUCAUCUGCUUCAUAUCUUCAAGAAGAACAAAAUCUAGAAUUGCUAGUUUGUUAAGCUAACUGUAACAUUUUUUUUAGUAGAUACAUGGUACUAAACAAAUGUAUAGAAUGUUAACAUUUAUUAUUCAUCAAAAACACCAUUUUCUUAAC